GUGUGACUCCGAGCCAUGUCCUGCUACCAGUCCUGCAACCCCUGUUUCCAGCCCUGUGGCCCCACUCCCUUGGGCAGCAGCUGCAAUGAGCCCUGUGUCAGGCAGUGCCAGGACUCCACCAUCGUCAUUGAACCCUCCCCUGUGGUGGUGACCUUUCCUGGGCCCAUCCUGAGCUCCUUCCCUCAGAACACUGUGGUGGGAUCCUCCUCCUCUGCUGCUGCUGGCAGCAUCCUCAGCUCUGAGGGAGUGCCCAUCAAUUCUGGGGGCUUUGACAUCUCCUGCAUCGCCAGGCCCCGCUGCAACAGGGUCUGCUGAAGCUGCUGCCUCACAGAAGAACCCCCGGAACCCAGAAGAUGGAAAUGGACUGAGUGUGGAGAUCCUGACCAUUGCUUUCAGAGGCACUGAGCAUCCACCUGCACUGGAGGUGGGGUGUCUGGGCUCUCUGAAACCUUGACUGAAUUGCCUGUUUCUCCCGCUCUUCUUCCUCUCUUUUUCUUCUCUGUGAUCACUGGCUAA